GCCAACGGUCGAAUUGCAUCUGAGGAAAAACCAGAACCCCAGAGCGAGAGAGAGAAAAGAGCGAUGGCGAAAAGGAAAUCGUCAAACAGCAAAUCAAAGUGGAAGAGAAAACCGAAACAGACCGAAGCCCUAAUACCUGAACCACAUCAAGUAGAAGAAGGAGAGCAAGUUGACGGAAAGGGGAACACCGAAGAAGACGACAACAAUGGAAGAAAGAGAUUCUUUGCUUGUUAUCUCCUCACUUCCCUCUCCCCUCGUUCCAAAAACUUCACUUAUAUCGGAUUUACAGUAAAUCCGCGGCGUAGAAUCAGGCAGCACAAUGGGGAAAUCAAGUGUGGGGCGUUCAGGACAAAGGGGAAACGACCCUUGGCAAUGGUGUUCUGCAUCUAUGGUUUCCCAACUCAAGUCUCUGCUCUCCAGUUUGAGUGGGCGUGGCAGCAUCCAAGGGAAUCGAAAGCCGUAAGGGAGGCCGCGUUGAGUUUCAAAUCCUUCUCCGGAGUUGCUAAUAAAAUCAAACUUGCCUACACUAUGCUUGGCCUUCCUCCUUGGCAGAGAUUGAACCUGACUGUAGACUAUUUCUCAACGAAGUACAAAAAUUGUUCCCCUAGUUUGCCUAGUCUGCCGCUGCAUAUUAAGGUCCGAGUUUGCCCCAUGGAUGAACUCCCUUGCUACACUGGAACAUUUGAUAACGGCUUGCUUGAUGAUGGUGGGGAUGGAGGGGAGUAUGAUUUUGAUGAUGACAAUGUGUGCGAGAAUGUCAGUCACUUGAGUAGAAUUGCAGAGGAGAAUGUUGUUGAACGCGAGGAAGAUGGAAAAGAGCAGAGUUCAUUUCAAGGCAAAGAACGAUUGGGGAAUGGUGAAGAUGAUGAAGAAUCAGAUGACAGAAGUGAUAUGAGUGGAAAUGGGGUAAAAAGCACCAGGGAUGAUGCAGUAGCUCAUCUCCUUCCCGUGGAUUGUGCAGGUAGCAUUGACAUUGGUCACAAAGAAAACUGGGGAUGGUGCAAUGAAGAACCCGACUGGAGACACACAGGCUGUUCCCAUGACCCAGAACUAGAUAUUCAUAUGCAAAGUUUCAACUUCGAUGGUACACCCGGGAGAAGAAUUGCUCCUGUUCUUGGAGAGAUGGCAGAUGGGAAUGUGUUGGUAGUGAUAGAUGAUGGGAGUGAUUCGAAACUGGGAUCCUUGAAAAGGAAAGAUUCCACAAGUAGAGCUGUUGCUGGCGAAGAUGCAGCACCGGCUAUCCGGAAUUGUGGUAAUAAAUUGGAGGUCAUAGAUUUGUUGUCCCCUUCUCCAGAAUGCACAAUGUGGCCAAUCUGCAAGAGGUCAAGAUUUUCUGGUGCUGUUUCUCCCAAAAUCAUUGACUUGACUUGACAUUAGCAAGUUCUCCUUUUUUGUCCAACGAUUUGGUGUUGGACUGAUAUAAUAAGCAAUUAGCAUAUUCAAAUUGUAUGACAAUAAUGCUAUUUCGACUGCUGCAAUUUGUCUAUUGUCCCAAUGUUGUAAGCUAAGAGUGAACAUAUGGACGGAUCCUGUAGAAGUAUUUUUUUAACUGCUUUUUAUCAUUUUAACAUAUAGAUUCAAUAAAGCAGUUAUCAAAACAAGAGUUUCGGGUAUUCCAGAGACGUACAUUGAAGCUGAAGUACAGCAAAACAUUGAAAAGGGGGCACAAACAGUGAACACAACAACAAAAAGUAAAGAGCUUUGCCAAUUCACAAAACUGUACAGAAAUGAGAUCUCAGAGAAACUGGCAAUUAUCAUCUCGUCAAGGGACAAGAGUGAGUUGCUGAGCUAUGCUGGUCACUGUGUCAUUCCUGCAGCGACGGAGGAAGAUACUGUUCUCCUUCCUGCUGGGCUGGUUUCUUUUCGCCCUGCCAAACCCAGACAAUAUCAUUGAGUGCAGGUCGCAUGCCAUCUUUCACUAUCUUCUGAUACUCCAAUGUAUCCCCAUUUGUUUUCUUCACUUCCACCAAAUGAAAGUUUGGAGCAACUUCAAAGAUUUCAGCAUCAAUGGUCAACAAACCCUUCCUACCCUCGCUUACUCCUUCCAUCCUCAGUAACCCUGGUUCUCUCUUCGUCACCUUCAUGUUCAGAAGCUUGCCGGUAUCCUCAAGUCUAGAAAUUAUGACCGAUGCAGGCUGUUUAGAAGUAAAUCUGGUUUCUUUUCUCAGUAAAUCUUCUUCAAAGAGUCCAGACAGAUCAAACCCAGCUGAGAGAGAGAUUAUAUCAAAUGCAUUCAAGUUUGAAGGCUUCACCAGUUGUUCUUGUUUUGCUUCCUCGAAGAGCAUGCUGCUAUUGUUGCUAGACGGACCUGAUCCAUCUCCACUCAAAGGAGCCAUAUCUUGGGUUUCAGCUUCUUCCGGUUUUCUCUGUUUGUUGGAGCUCAAUCCUUUCCUAAACCAGGAACUUUCUUUAAUCUUGGCCAUGGAUAUCCUUGUAUUAGGAUUCGGAUCCAGUAUUUUGGACAAAAGUCUUCUAACUUCUGGGGCAAACCAAUUAGGACAUUUGAAUUCAGCUUUCCCGAUUUUCCUGUACAACUCCAUCAGGUUCGAAUCAUGAAAUGGCAGAUAACCUGCCAAUAGCACAUAUAGAACCACCCCACAAGACCAUAUAUCAGCUUUGGCUCCAUCAUAACCUUUCCUGUUGAUAACUUCAGGAGCAACAUAUGCAGGGGUUCCACAGGUAGUAUGAAGUAAACCGUCUUGGCGCCUGGAUUCAGCUAGGGCACUUAAUCCAAAAUCCGAAACCUUUAGAUUCUCAUUUUCAUCCAACAACUGAUUCUCUGGCUUUAUGUCCCGAUGGUAAACACCCCUGCUGUGGCAGAACUCAACAGCAUUGAUCAGUUGUUGGAAGUACUUCCGAGCAGCAUCUUCUUUCAACCUUCCUUUAGCAACCUUGUUGAAGAGUUCACCCCCUUUAGCAUAUUCCACAAUGAAGAAGAUCUUGCUUUUGGUAGCCAUGACCUCAUAAAGCUGAAGCACAUUCGGAUGUCUAGCAAUUCUCAUCACGGAAAUUUCUCUCUUGAUUUGAUCAGCAAGCCCAACUUUCAAAACCUUGUCUUUAUCAAUCACUUUAAUCGCCACACUCUGGUUUGUUGUAAUACUCCUUGCAUAAUAAACCUUAGCAAAAGUCCCUUGACCAAGCAACCUCCCGAUCUCGUAUCUUGCGGUCAAUACGCUCGGUUUAUGAUCCAUCCUUGAGCUAGUAAUACAAGCACACAUUCGAAAAUAAAACUACUACCCUGUCAAGCCAAAUAUUACGCAAUCCACAAAGUAAUACAAACUACUAGCAGUCGAAGUGGGCUUAAUCAACCGUCUUCAGAAAAGUCCAGCAUCUUCGUUAUAUUGGGAACUCUGUAGCAGCUAUUGGAACCGUGAUCAUCGUGGCGACGACUGCAACCAGUUAAAGAAGCAGAAUUUACAGUACCAGUCUCAUCAUAUGUGAAUAAGGGGGAAAAGACCAUGAAAGCCACAUAUUCAUGGCCUUGAGAGACUGGGUUCUCAUCAGUUAGGCACAUCAUGCAGCAUUCCCUACAAGGAUUCUGUUUCUGAUUCUAUUUCUCUCUCUCCCGAGAAAGAAGAAUAAAAUGAAGAACCCUGAGAACCAAGUGCUUUUAGAGAUACAGCCCAGAAGACUGCUCCCCUUCAGCACCACAAUGGCACAAUCCCAAGAUUCUAGCUUGUCCCCUGAAAAUUUAACGACCAGUAAUGGAAUUUGUUAGAAAUUCAAACUCUGAAGGCCGAAAACGA